AGAAGAUACAAAGAGAAAUCUCGACAGAGGUGCCAGUGGGUGAAAUUGUGAAGAAUGGUACCCGACAGACUACUAUGGAAGAUGUCAACAUUGAUACUAUCAAGAAGUGUGAAGCUCAGGAUGAUCUCUUCAGUCAGACACACAUGAAAAAUGCUGAUAUGUGCAAAACUACAGAGGAAGAUGCAUCACUGAAGACAGAUAAGUCUUUGAGAAGACUGACUCUAGGGACAGUUGCUCUUAUAACGGAGAGACUGCUUCAUCUUCUACAUUAACACUACAGGAAGUCCAGUCAGCUGUAUCAACACGGAAGAGGAAUCUGCCCUCAUGGUUGGCCAAGAACGAAGUGACCAAAGAUGGAGGGAAACAAAUAGGAAAGGAUACUUUACAUUCCCAUGGAGUCAGCCAGAAUACACAC